AUGAAACCGUCUCAGACCACCAACCACAUAGACCUGCCUAGAAGAAGAUUGCCACUCUCAAGUCCCGACUUGUACCAGCACCACCAGCUGCCAUCGCAGCACCAACUCCCCAGUCCUUUGUCGCAAAUUUCCUCACCAGAGUCGCAGCGCCGGGAACAAUGUCCUUCCUUUCUUCGGAUGCCGUUCGGCUCAUCGGCCCACUACCGCAAGACGAAUUCAAGUACUUGCUCUCUAUUACAAAACGUCAGUAGAGAGUCCAAAUCCAGGGCGGUGUCGGACUCUGGACAAAGACUACUACUGUCAGCGAAGGAAAGUUUGCCACCACCUCGAAAUGAAAAAUCCAUUACAGCCUUGUGCUUUACGCACCCUCAGAAACGCCACAGGGAGUGUGAGGACGGCGUUGUCAAAAAGCUUUGUCUCAAGUCUUCAGAAUCACCUUCCCAAAUCGCAGAUGAACUAUCCACACAAUCACCUUGGACGCCGUCCGAACUGACUGUCAAACAACCUUUUUUAGGAGUAAUGCAGCUCAAAAUAAAUUCCUUCGACGGUAACAUCGCCUCCUUGCAACCUUUAUCCAAGGGAGACGUUUCCAAGAAAAUGCCCAAAGAACUCAACGGAAAGGAAAAAGCUCAAACUGACCACACGAAGGAAAUCAAUUUACUUCAGAAACCCCAACAAAAGUCUUCCGAGUUGUCAAUCACGACUCCGAAACUGGAAUCGCAAGGCGUUCCUCACCAUUCGCCCACCAAGUCAAAUCAUUUGCUGACCAAACAAAGAAAGGCGCACCAACGAAGAAGGACGACAUACAUUCCCGACGACUACGAUCAAUUGUUCACCCCGGACGUCAUCCUCAGCCCUUUCCCGAAGAGCACACAGUCCAAAUGCGAUGACGGAAAUCCAGAAUGCAAGAAUUCCCAGAGCUCUUUUACUAAAAUGAAUAAAUUUGCUUCUCCUGCGGAAGAGUUGAUCCCAGCGAAACACUGCCAUAUUUCCUCACCUUACGUUUCGGAAGAUAUCGAAUAUAAACCCAUUCCUGCUGAAUCCAAAAUGAAUUCUCCACACAAGUGCUCGACAGAUGAGGGGCUGACACCCAAAGUGUUUGCUUCUCCUGCGGAAGAGUUGAUUCCAGCGAAACACUGCCAUAUUUCCUUACCUUACGUUUCGUUAGUAAGGCUAAGGAUUGAAGAUAUUGAAUAUAAACCCAUUCCUGCUGAAUCCAAAAUGAAUUCUCUACACAAAUGCUCGACAGAUGAGAGACUGACACCCAAAGUGUGCACACUGCCCGCGAUUCAAAGCAAUUCUGACGAGGAUCUGGAUUUAAGCCUCGGUAUCACUUUCCAAUCGGACUCGAGCCAAGCUUCCAAAAGCAGCGACGAAGACCAGCUGUUGUCCUUGGAGAUUAUGAGCCAGGUUUUGAAGGUUCCACCUAAAUCAGAGAUAUCUGGUGGAUUUUCUAGUGCCUUAAACACGCUGACAAUCUCAGAAAGACAGGUGUACAACAGCCUGGACAAGUUGCUGGAAGAGGUUGACACCCGAAAAAAGUCCAAAGAAAAUGAGGCCCAACUUCGUACGGCGUGCGACAAAGUACUCAUGGAAGUAGCCGAGUACCACGAGGAGGAAAACUGCGUAAAGGAUGUAGACAAACAAUUGGAAAUACUGCAGCGUGACUCGUUGGAUUCCAGUAGGAUCAGAGAGGUGCCGCCGGGGGAAGAGGUGUUCCACCUACACAAGUUCGGUCAAAUCUUCAAUCAGGAUUCGCUGCAGCUCAGACGGUGCUCCGUCAAACCGCAGAACAACAUGCAGAAAAUUAUUCUCAGGUCCAGCCCAGCUCUGCUGAAACAAUAUGUGAACACGGGCUCGUUCCAGCGAGAAUUCAGCUACAACUCACCCUGUCCCACGCAAGUGUCCCAGUUCCUCUUCAAGAUGAUGUCUGUGCAUUCUGACUGGAAAUUUUCUGACAAAAUACUGCAGGUUCUCUGUGAAACGGCCAAAUCUGCCACCUAUAAUACUGUGAAAAACAAGAACGAGGCGUUUACCGUGUGGAUUCCCACUUUGGCAGACAUAACGUUGGUGCUGAUGAACAUGGGCGUGUCGUUUGUCACGCUAUUCCCGCUUGAAAAUCUGCAGCCCCCAUUCACAGAGAGAGAUAUACUUACAAAUGUUGAUAUUCAAACUGAAUGGACUUUUGGCAAUGAGCGAGGGGAAAUAUUUCCAGAACACAACUGCAGAAACAGCUUCGAGUACCUGUCGUGCUGCCUGAGCCUGUGCACGUACGCAUACGUCGACGACGAGCUUCUCUUGCUGAUGACCAUGUGUGCUCGAGUGGCUCUCGACACAAACAUCAUCUCCUUGGGCGGUGUGAAGAUUGACACUCUGCUGGAAAAGAUAGUCAACAAUGUUAGGGACUGGGACACCAUGCUCCCCAGAAUCUGCCGGGCACUCACUGACCUGACGGAUGACCACCUCAACAUGUGCUAUCUGGUUCAACUGCUGCCUAACAGCCACCACCAAUUCCUUCGCCAGCAUCUUAGUCUCUCCAUGAUCUCCAAACUUUUAGACAGGACUUGUCAAUACAAACCAACUGGAGAGGAAAUGAAGCUCACUGCGCUGCAGCCGUACGUGCUGAGAAUGCAACCCUCGUCCCUCCACAGUUUCAUUUCGAGCAUCUGCAACGAGAGUUCCUCGGAAGACGACGCAAAUUUUUCGGAUCGGCAGUCGUACGACCUUUGCCACAGCCUGCUCACAUUGACAAGCCAAGCCUCUAAUUUCGAGUCAUUCCCGACGCAUCAGAAAGAACAUCUGCUGACUCUCUCUUCUGAUUUGAGAACUCGCGUCGGGUGUAACAUUAGAACAUCUGAAAAGUGUUUGUACAAGAGCAAGGUGAAUGAUCUGCUGACCAGGAUCUACACCAAGUGGCAGAUUGUCCUUCAGCAGAUGCAGCCUCCUCAUUCUAAGACUCGAGACUAUUUGAAGCCAUCGUCCAUUGGAACAUUACCGCACCGCUGCCAGGAAACAUACAUUGUUUCCGGCAUGAGCACUAGAGUUAAAAUGGAAUGCGAAACAAUAACAACAACAACAGAUGAACCGGGACGAGCACCCAUCCAACAGUAG